GUUUUGUAGAGAGAGAGCGAGAGAGGCAAAGAAGAGGAGGAAGAAGAGAAAGAUGGACAGAGACUGGGGAUCGAAGCCGGGGAGCGGAGGCGCUGCCUCAGCUCAGAACGAAGCCAUCGACAGGAGAGAGCGUCUUCGAAGGCUCGCCCUUGAGACCAUCGAUCUCGCCAAGGAUCCCUAUUUCAUGCGUAAUCAUCUCGGCAGCUACGAAUGCAAGCUUUGCCUGACGCUGCACAACAAUGAGGGGAACUACUUGGCUCACACUCAGGGCAAGCGCCAUCAAACCAACUUGGCGAAGCGGGCCGCCCGCGAGGCCAAAGAUGCCCCCGCCCAGCCUCAGCCCCACAAACGCAAGGUCACCCUCCGCAAGACUGUCAAGAUUGGCAGGCCAGGAUACAGGGUGACGAAGCAAUUCGAUUCAGAAACUAAGCAGCGUUCCCUUCUCUUCCAGAUUGAAUAUCCUGAAAUUGAAGACCUUGCAAAGCCACGACAUCGGUUUAUGUCGUCCUUUGAGCAGAGGAUCGAGUCCUGGGAUAAAAGAUACCAGUAUCUUCUGUUUGCAGCCGAGCCAUAUGAGAUCAUCGCUUUCAAGGUUCCUAGCACGGAAAUCGACAAAUCUACCCCCAAGUUCUUCUCACACUGGGAUUCAGAUUCUAAAAUGUUCACGUUGCAGUUGUAUUUCAAAACCAAACCGCCUGAAGCCAAUAACCCGCAGGCAGCACCUACACCGGCUGCGAAUGGCACAUCAGCUCCUGGUGUUCCUCCUAGGCCAUUGCCUCCACCACCUCAAGCCCUGCCGCCACCACCUCCACCACCACAAGGACCGCCACCCAGUGCCCCUGUCGUGAAUCCCCCUAGAGGCCCGCCACCUCCAAUGCCUGGUUCUGCACCGCCUAUGGGUGGCCCACCACCACCUCCCCCAUCGAUGGCAAAUGGCCCUCCACGUCCCAUGCCUCCUGGAGGUCUUCAACUCCCGCCACCUCCACCACUUGGCAGCUCUAUGGCGAACUUUACGCCUGCCCCUCAGAUGGGUCGUCCACCGUCGAUGCUGCCACCACAAGGUUUUCCAGGGCAACAAAUUCAGGGCCAAGGGAUGCGACCAGCCCCACCUCCUCCUAACAUGCCCCAUCAGAUUCCGAGGCCACCAGCGUCAUAGGUAAGCAUCUCAUCAAAUUUUCUGGGAAGCCAUUUGCUGACGGUAGCUAUCAGAGGUUGCUAAAGAUCAAAUGAAUGUCGGUGAUUUUGCAAUUGCUAGUUAAGAUGUUUACAGAUAUUAGAUUUGAUAAUCGAUAUUAAGUUUGCCAUUCUGUGUUUGCGAACUUCAUAUUUUUAAGGAUGCAACGUAACUAAUUGCAAAAUAAUGUUGUUGUGCGAUGUUAGAAACUGUGACCUUUAAUAACUAGAUCAAAAUAUAUUGAUAAAAUUGCACA